GGACACUCUGGCCUGAGCCAACAUUAUUUUGGUUGUGUAGCCCGCAGCACUGUAAGCACCUACCUGUGGGUUUGCUGGGCUAUUAAGCUGUAAAGAGUGGAUUUGGAUCCUUUAUUUUUCUGAAAAGGUUGGAGUUUGAGGGAUUUUGCACAGGAAAGACAAGAAGAAGCUCUGGGACGCAACAUGUCUGGAUCAAUACCCUUCUACCAGAAGCACCACCGCCACUACGACCGUAGCUACCGUAGCACGGAGGCAGAGUCUAAAAUGAGGCACUACCAGUCCAGCAGCAGGUACUCUGCUGGAACCAGCCUGUCCACCGCCAGCAGGGGACUUAAGGUGUCUUCUCACUUGGGACUGGAGGAGAACAGACUAAGCCCCUUACCCAAGCGAUCCAAGCCAUCUUACUUGGCUCUCGACAAAGAGAACCAAAUCAUCGGCUAUGUAGUGCCCAUCUUCAGGGGCAGUCAAGAGUUUGCUACGGGAUUGUCAGACACAGAGGAGGCCAGAGUGAGAGACACGGCUGCAUACAUGGCCCGCAGGGACUUGUUUACGAGUGGUCUGGAGAUGGAGAGGUCAGAGGUGAUUUCCAGGAAGGAGGCCAUGCGUGAGUCGGCUGAACGCAUCUCUCUGAAUAAACGGAUCCAUGAGCACGAGGAACACUUCAAGAGGAUGAACGAAGACAGCCUGAUGCACGCCCCGGAGUUCGUGAUUAAACCUCGCUCCCACACGGUGUGGGAGAAGCAGUGUGUGCGGCUGCACUGCACUGUCAGCGGCUGGCCUGACCCCAGGGUCAUCUGGUACAAAAACAAUGUGGUAAUUGACCCACUUGCCAAUCCUGGCAAGUUUAAACUGGAGAGCAGAUACAAUGUGCACUCGCUGGAGAUUAACAAAUGUGAUUUUGAUGACACUGCCCAGUAUCGUGUUUCUGCCAUGAAUUCGCAAGGAGAGCAGUCUGCAAUUGCCUCUGUCGUUGUCAAACGGUUCAAAGGUGAAAUUGAUGAAACACUGCCGGUUCCCAGACUCGGCCCAGUUUCUGAGUAUGGCAUCACGUUCCAGAUUCACAUCGUUGAUACUUUUGGAGUGUCGUUUGGAAGAGAGGGGGAGACCAUGAGUUUGGGCUGCACAGUAAUCAUCUACCCAGCUCUCCACCGCUACCAGCCAGAGGUUCAGUGGUACAGAGAUGAUGUGCUGCUGUCUCCAUCUAAAUGGACCCACAUGCACUGGAGUGGAGACCGAGCCACGUUGACACUCACCCACCUCAACAAGGAGGACGAGGGGCUCUACACUCUGCGCGUCGCCACUAAGUCUGGAUACGAGACCUACUCUGCCUAUGUGUUUGUCAAAGAUGCAGAUGCCGAGGUGGAAGGUGCUCCUGGAGCCCCACUGGACGUACGCUGUCUGGACGCCAACAAGGAUUACAUUAUUGUUACCUGGAAGCAACCAGCUGUUGAGGGAGGAAACGCCAUCUUGGGCUACUUUGUUGACAGAUGUGAGGUUGGAACGACUCACUGGGUUCAGUGCAAUGACACUCCGGUCAAGUUCGCCCGUUUCCCCGUCACUGGUUUGGUGGAGGGCCGGUCCUAUAUCUUCCGAGUCCGAGCCGUCAACAAGACCGGGAUCAGCCACCCGUCUAGGGUCUCUGAACCGGUGGCAGCAAUGGAUCCGGCCGAUCGAGCCCGCAUGAGAGGCACUUCUGCACCCUGGACCGGCCAAAUCAUUGUCACAGAGGAGGAGCCUGCAGAGGGCGUUGUUCCUGGCAGACCUCGUGAGUUGCAAGUGACUGAGGCAACCAAAAACUAUGUGGUCCUGAGCUGGAAGCCUCCUGGAGAGAAGGGCCUUGAAGGGGUCAUGUACUAUGUGGAGAAGUGUGUCUCGGGCACAGAUACCUGGCAGAGGGUGAACACAGAGAUCCCAGUCAAGUCUCCUCGCUUCGCUCUGUUUGAUCUCGCUGAGGGAAAGUCCUACCUGUUCCGUGUCCGCUGCUGCAACUCUGCUGGAGUCGGCGAACCAUCUGAGCCAACUGAAGCCAUCACUGUGGGCGACAAGCUUGAUAUCCCAUCGGCUCCGGGAAAAGUCGUCCCCACCAGAAACACGGACACAUCCGUCGUGGUGAGCUGGGAGGCGUCUAAGGACGUCAAAGAUUUGGUCGGAUACUACAUUGAGUGUAGUAUCGUUGGAAGCGAUGUGUGGGAGCCAUGCAACAACAAGCCUGUUCGGGCAACAAGGUUCAUCUGCCAUGGGUUGAUUACAGGAGAGCAGUACGUGUUCAGGGUGAGGGCUGUGAACGCCGCAGGGCUCAGCCAGUUUUCCCCAGUAUCAGAACCAGUGGAAGUAAAGGCUGCGAUUGGGGGCGGCAUUCCACAUGCGUCUCCUGCUCCACCCUAUGGCAUCACCGUUCUGGAGUGUGUGCGCGACGCCAUGGUGCUCUCUUGGAAGCAGCCGACCUUCAUUGGAGGAGCUGACAUCACCGGCUAUUUCGUAGAUUACCGUGAGGUCGUCGAUGGCGUGCCGGGGAAAUGGCACGAGGCCAACGUGAAGGCUGUGAGCGAGAGGGCCUACAGGGUGUCAGAGCUGCGGGAAAACAGAAAGUAUCAGUUCCAGGUGCGAGCUGCCAACAUGGCGGGCGUCGGGAUCCCAUCGAUGCCCAGUAACACCUUCCUGUGUGAGGAAUGGACCAUUGCUGUACCAGGACCUCCUCACGAUCUGCAGGUUUUGGAGGUGCGCAGCGACUCCCUGGUGUUGCUGUGGAAACCUCCCGUGUACCAGGGCCGCGAUCCGGUCAAUGGUUUCUACGUUGACAUCAAGGAAGGAGAUGCACCGGAGGAAGCCUGGAGGGGCGUCAACACCAAGGCUGCAGAGAAAACGUACCUCAAGGUUAAGGAUCUUAAGGAAGGACAGACGUAUGUGCUGAGAGUGCGUGCUCAGAAUAAAGCCGGUGUGGGCAAAACCUCAGAUGUUACAGAGCCAGUCGUAGCUCUGACCAAACCGGGCACUAAGGAGAUAGUCGUGGAAGUCGAUGACAAUGGUGUCAUCUCCCUGAACUUUGAAUGCUCUAACUUGACGCCCGACUCCAAAUUUAUGUGGUCCAAGGAUUAUGAAGAAUUCAGAGACUCCAGUCGCCUGACCAUAGAGACCAAGGGAAACAAAUCCAAAACCGUUUUCAACAGUCCUGGGGAGGAGGACAUUGGCGUUUACUCAUGUCUUGUCACCCAUACUGAUGGCGCUUCAUCCAGCUACACUCUCUCCGAAGAAGAGCUAAAGAGGCUGCUGGAGGUCAGUCACGACCACAAAUUCCCGAUUAUUCCACUGAAGUCAGAUCUGGCAGUCGAGCUACAGGAGAAGGGCAGAGUGCGCUUCUGGCUGCAGGCGGCGCAAAUGUCAGCGAACGGCAAAGUGGAUUACGUUUUCAACGACAACGUUCUCUCCCAGGGAGAUAAAUACAAAAUGAACUUUGACAAGAACACCGGUGUGAUUGAGAUGUUCAUGGAGUCCCUGACUCCUCAAGAUGAAGGGACUUACACUUUCCAGCUGAAUGACGGAAAAGCAACAAAUCAGUCCAGCUUGGUGCUGAUAGGUGAUGUGUUCAAGCAGCUGCAGAAAGAAUCAGAGUUCCAGAGAAAGGAAUGGUUCAGAAAGCAAGGUCCUCAUUUUAUUGAAGGCUUGAGUUGGGAGGUAACGCCAGAUUGCUGCGUGAUACUCAAGUGCAAGGUCGGCAACAUAAAGAAGGAGACCUCGGCUCUGUGGCACAAAGACGGGCAUCAGAUCAAAGCCGACGAGCAUCUCGGCUUCACAGAGGGAGUUCUCAAACUGGAAAUUGCCCAGAUUUCCAGAAAGGACGCUGGUGUGUAUGAGGUUGUUCUAAAGGAUGAGAGAGGAAAGGACACAUCCACACUGAAUCUGACAGAUCAAGGUUUCAAAGAAUUGAUGAAUGAAGUUUUCAGCUUUAUUGCUAAUUCCUCCACUCCACUGAAGAUCACGAGCACAGACGAGGGAAUUCGACUCUACACGUUUGUCAGCACCUACAACGACUUGCUCCAAGUCACAUGGCACUACAAGGACUCGGCGAUCUCCUUCUCCGACCGUAUAAAAAGCGGUGUGGUUGGAGAACAGCUGUGGCUUCAGAUCACAGAGCCCACAGAGAAAGACAUGGGCAAAUACGCCAUAGAGUUUUACGAUGGCAAGGGCGGUCUCAGGAGAACAGUGGAACUCUCUGGCCAAGCAUUUGAUGAUGCUUUUGCAGAAUUUCAGAGACUCAAAGCUGCAGCAACUGCAGAGAGAAAUCGUGCUCGAGUGGCAGGAGGCCUGCCUGACGUGGUGACCAUACAGGAGGGCAAGGCUCUCAAUCUCACCUGCAACAUUUCGGGCAACCCCGUGCCAGAGGUCACCUGGCUGAAGAACGACAGGGAGAUCACCUCCGACGAGCACUGCAUCCUGAAGUUCGAGUCGGGCAAGUUCGCCAGCUUCACCAUCACCGGCGUGAACACGUCGGACUCCGGCAAGUACAGCAUCCUGGUGAAGAACAAGUUCGGCACAGAGAGCGGCGACUUCACCGUAAGUGUGUUCAUCCCGGAGUCGGGCAAGAAAUAGUAAAAGUGGUCCAAGUCUUAUCGUAAAUACCUGUAAAUGGAGUUCACUGGAAGGGAAAAAAGAAAAGAGCCGGAGGAUGUGUUUGACGUUCGGUGUCUAAAUGAAACUUGAAAGGUGCUGCAUCUGAACUUGAAACUUAAAGCAGUUUCUCUGAGAAAAAGAAAAACAAAGUCAAGCUAAGAAAUGAUCGCCACGUUUCGUCCAACACUAACUAAUCUGAAUAAAUAUGGUCGUUUCUUCUGCUGGUUAAAUUUCUGUUUGUGUAAAGUUGUAGCAUGCAGAAGAAAGUAUUAGCUUCAAAAGAAUAAAUAAAACUUCUUCACCUAACAAAAGAAAAAAAAUAACUGCUAAACUGUUUGAAUCCAAUGCUUUGAUCUCGAAAAUGUUAGUUUACAUGGAACGUCUAUUAAAACAUGAAUGUUUUUUACAUUUGCUACAGAUUUUUGCAAGCUGCCCUAUUCACCAAGUUGAAAACAAUCAAACGACAAAAAUAGAAUGUUCUCUUUUCUUGAAUAUCUUCACAAAUUAUAAGACAACUGACACAGUUAACAUUAGUGUCAUCUAGUGAUCAUUUCCUAAAAACAUAAAACAACAAAAGUUAAAGACACAGAGCUUCUCAUCAGGAAAUAUUCGCCUUAAACAUGAGCUCCGCAGUUCAGGGCCUCAGUUGAACAUGAAGUUAAUAUUAUUGGUGUGUUUUUGGUGCAAAUAAAAUCAGUAGCAAAUGUGUUAAAACAUGAGUGAUUUCAUUAGGUUGUAUGUUUCUGCCACUUUAAAUGUGACACCCUGACAUCACUUUGUUCCACUGUCUCUAGUCAGUAUUCUAUGUCUGCACAUUACUUUUGAUGUUUUUCUCUGUUGUCAUGACAAACCCAUCACAGCCACUGUUAUUACUGAUGACAGUGGCUGUCGCUCCACUUCCUGUUGCCCUGUUUCCUGAUUAAACUAAUAAAUACUGGCAUGUAUCCCCA